AUGGGCGACCUCUCGGUCCACCUCUCCCCGGUCCUCUUCCUCUUCCUCUCCUUCCUCCUCCUGGCCCACCCCUGCGCCUCCAUCACGCCGCAGGUCCUGGAGCGAGCGUCCGCCUCCGAGCAGCCGCAGUCCCUCGCUAACGACACGGGGUCCGGCAAGAAGACCUGUUCGGACACUGUGGUGUGCAGACCCGGUAUCCUGCUGCCGGUUUGGCUUCCGCUCAAGCCCCCGCUCGGAGAGCUGGCAGGCAGGGCCAUAAUCUACUUCCUCUGUCUCAUCUACAUCUUCCUGGGCGUGUCCAUCAUCGCAGACCGCUUCAUGGCGGCCAUAGAAGUCAUCACCUCUCAGGAGAAAGAGGUGAUCAUCACCAAUUCCAAAGGGGAAAGGACAGUAUCCACGGUGAGGGUCUGGAACGAGACAGUCUCCAACCUCACGCUCAUGGCCCUGGGCUCCUCGGCGCCGGAGAUCCUGCUGUCCGUCAUUGAGGUGGUUGGGCAUAACUUUCUCGCAGGGGAGCUCGGCCCGAGCACCAUCGUGGGCAGCGCCGCCUUCAACAUGUUUGUGAUCAUCGGCCUGUGCGUGUGGGUGAUCCCCAACGAUGAGUCUCGUAAGAUCAAACACCUGCGAGUGUUCUUCAUCACGGCUUUCUGGAGUAUUUUCGCCUACAUCUGGCUCUACCUCAUACUAGCCGUCAUCUCUCCUGGCAUUGUAGAGGUGUGGGAGGCCGUGGUGACGCUGCUGUACUUUCCCGUGUGCGUGAUCUUGGCUUGGAUCGCUGACCGCCGCCUGCUAUUCUACAAGUACAUGCACAAGCGUUACCGUGCCGACAAGAGGCACGGCAUCGUGGUGGAAAUGGAAGGUGACCUCGAGCCCAAAGGCAUCGAUGUAAUCAUGGAUAGCAAGCUGUCGGACGGCGGCGCGUGUCCCGUAAACUCGUCCAGCGUCUCUGUGCAGACGGGCACUGAACUAGACCCAAACAAAGAUGAGGUGGUCCGCAUCCUGAAAGACCUGAAGAAGAAACACCCGGACAAAGACCUGGACCAGCUGAUUGAGAUGGCCAACUACUCCGCCCUGGUCCACCAGAAGAAGAGCCGCGCCUUCCACCGGGUCCAGGCGACGCGCUUGAUGAUCGGCGCCGGCAACAUACUGAGGAAACACGCCGCUGAGCACGCACGCCGUUCAGCGGGCCAGGAGGCCGACAAGGCCACGUGCUCGCACAUUUGUUUCGAAAGUGCGCAGUUCCAGUGCACGGAGAACUGCGGCUCCCUGAGCCUCGGAGUGAUCCUCGAGGGUGGCACAGGCCAGAACACUUUCUAUGUGGACUACUAUACAGAGAAUGGGUCCGCCAAUGCCGGGGCCGACUAUGAAGUCAGUGAGGGAACCCUGGUGUUCAAGCCAGGGGAGAGCCACAAAGAUAUUAAGGUGGGCAUCUUGGAUGACGACAUCUUCGAGGAGGACGAGCAUUUCUUCGUGCGUCUCCGGAACUUGAGGCUGGAGGAAGGGGCGGCGGAGGGGACGGGGACCCCACCGAAAGGUCGACUCGCGGAGCCGCUGGUCGCCACCGUCACCAUCUUGGACGACGACCACGCCGGCAUCUUCACCUUUGGCCAGCGCCUGCUGCGCGUGAGCGAGAGCACAGGCAUGCUGGCGGUGACGGUGGUGAGGAACUCGGGCUCCAGGGGCACCGUCGCCAUGCCUUACCGAACGGAGGACGGCAGCGCCAAGGCCGGGGUGGACUACGAGCACGUCGUAGGGGAGCUGAAGUUCAUCAACGAACAGACCAGUCAGAUUCUACAGGUGCGCAUUAUAAAUGUGGAGGAGUACGAGAAGCAGGAAAACUUCUUCAUUGUGCUCGAGGACCCCAAAUGGCUGAAGCGAAGGCUCUCCGGCAACCCCACCCUGGAGGAGGCGGAGGCCCGGAGGAUCUCGGAGAUGGGCAAACCCAUUCUAGGGGAGCACAGCAGGCUGGAGGUCGUCAUAGAGGCGUCCUGUGAGUUUAAGGAAACAGUGGACAAACUCCUGACGGACACGAACCUGGCAAUGGUGCUCGGCACUCAUUCGUGGAGAGAGCAGUUCAUUGGAGCGGUCACAGUCAGCGCAGGAGACGAGGACGAGGGACAGGAGCAGCGAUUGCCCAACUGCUUCGACUAUUUCAUGCACAUAUUGUGCAUUUUCUGGAAGAUUCUGUUCGCCUUCGUCCCUCCCACAGAGUACUGGAACGGCUGGGCGUGCUUCAUAGUGUCAAUCUCUGUCAUUGGUUUUUUAACAGCCAUUAUUGGAGACCUAGCGUCUCAUUUUGGCUGCACCGUCGGCCUGAGGGACACCGUCACUGCGGUGCUCUUUGUAGCUCUGGGGACUUCAGUUCCUGAUACCUUUGCCAGUAAAGUGGCUGCCACUCAGGACCAGUAUGCGGAUGCAUGUGUGGGGAAUGUGACAGGAAGCAACGCGGUCAAUGUGUUUUUGGGCAUUGGGUUGGCCUGGUCCAUCGCUGCUAUAUAUUGGCAAGUUAAAGGUAAGGUAUUCCGCGUUGACCCUGGCUCACUGGCCUUCUCCAUCACACUCUUCACCAUCUUUGCCUUCUUCGCCAUGGGGGUGCUGAUGCUACGCCGGAGGCCGUCCAUAGGUGGCGAACUGGGCGGCCCACGGAUCUACAAAGUCCUCACUUCGCUGUUCCUCUUCGGACUCUGGUUCCUCUACGUCCUCUUCUCCAGCUUGGAGGCCUACUGCCAUAUAAAGGGCUUCUGAGAGCGCACAGCUGGGGAGAGUUAUGACUGAACAAUAAAAAACUAAAAACACACACCACUGGGACCUUCACCUGUGCAGUUCGGUUCCAGUGACUUACCACUGAGAAGACUCACUUGACAAACUGCUGCCAUGGCUCUGAAAACAAUUAAUAUAUAUAUAUAUAUAUAUAUAUAUAUAGAGAAAAACACACCAGCGACUCGCACAUGCAAAAGUCUGUACGUCUCCCCCACCACAGGACAGUUCCAGUCAGCAGAAUCUUUGGACUAAAUAACAUGCAGUGACUGUUUUUAAUGAAGGAGAGUGGAGCAAGUCAGCGCGUACGUACUCUGUGGAGUCACUGGAUUUUGCUUGAUUCUAGCAUGAUGGCUGAAGGUUCAUAACCUGGUUUGGUCUUCCCUUCUCCUCACGCUCAUAGAGGCCGGAUCAGAGUAGACGGCCUGACCCGGUAUUAGAUGAAGAAAAAAAUGACAGCUGCUGUUACACAGAUGUGCAAUGUAAGUGUGUCGCCACGCUUAUACCAUGGCCACUUGUCCAAGUGUGUUUGUCAGUAAGCAUUAAACCACAAUAAGGUCUAUUCGCUCAAAGCUAAAAGUGCCGUUGCUAUGGUUACCUUCAGUUUGUGCGCACAGAUUUAGAGCAAAGGUAAUAAAACUAUGGGGUCAGAUCAGUCUCAAUAAUGGCAAAUGCACACAGAGAGACUCACAAAUGCAAACAUACAGAUUCACAAAUGCGCACAGAACAAUUCACAAAUAUAUUCGAUUUACAAAUGCACGCAGAAUGAUUUACAAAUACAUUCCAAUGCACACAUAAAUAAAUUAUAAUUUGUUUGUUUGUGGAUCGCUACACAUUUGUGCAUGGGUUUUUGAGACUCCCCUGCUGUGGCUCAAUCCACACAAGAAUAAUAUCAUAUAACAUCGUGGAAUGUAUUUGUGAAUUGUUCUGCGUGCAUUUUUUUAAAUGAAUAUAUUUGUGAAUUGGUUUCCUGUGCGCAUUUGUGAAUCUGUAUGUUUGCAUUUGUGAGUCUCUCUGUGUGCAUUUGCAAUUAUUGAUACUGAUCUGACCCCAUACAAAACUGUUGGCUGGAAGCGUUUGUGUUUUCUUGGUGUAUAACUUUGAAUGGACCAAUUAGCCAAUCAUAAGAGUUUUCUUUGGGCACGGUACGUGAGCACAUUCCGCUUACAAUCUACAGUUUGUGGAGAUAAGCUGCUGUUGUGUAAUUAUCUCACACUGAUAAAUUGUUUUUCUCUGUUGAGUUAUGUGACGCGAGGGAUUGUUUAGUCUAAUUUAAUGCACCUACUGAGUCGAAUCUCACGUAUUGAUAAUAGUCAGCGAUCAGAAAUGCAAUAACCCUAUAUUGGAACAUAUAAUUUAUAAAGAAUUACACAGGCAAUGAAUUUCUAAUAAGCCGUGGAAUGAAACAAAUAAUGUACCUGGUAUCUGCCAUUGAGUGUGAUUAUUUGAAAGUGAUGAUUCAUUCACCCCUGAAAUUGUAACUGUGUAUUUAUCGAUGGUGUCAUUGUAAUUGAAUGUAUUUGAGCUGAUAUGAACAAAAAUACAUUGUAAUUUCUUGCAAGCUG